AUGGCCCCCAGAACAGACUUCCCGCCCAUACGGGCCUGCCUCUUCGACAUGGACGGCCUCCUCCUCGACACCGAAGACAUCUACACCGAAUGCAUUAAUAUCCUCCUUUCCAAGUACGGCCGACCACCCUUGCCAUGGUCCAUCAAGGCCAGGCUCCAGGGCCGCCCCGGCCCCCAGGCCAACGAGCUCUUCCACAACUGGGCUCAGCUGCCCAUCUCCAAUGAAGAGUACAUGGCCGAGUACUCUGCCCUGCAGCGCGAGCACUUCCCCAGGGCCAAGGCCCUCCCCGGCGUCGAGCAGCUCCUCCAGGACCUGGGCCGGACGAGGUACUGGGAUGUCGCCAGCGGCAAUGACACGACGGGGGAGAAGAAGGAGGGAAAGAGAGUCCAUAUAGCCCUCGCUACAUCAAGCCACAGCGCCAACUUUGCCCUCAAGACGGCACACCUGACAGACCUGUUCUCCGUCUUCCAGUCGCCGCACCGCGUCCUGGGCGACGACAAGCGCAUACAACCCGGCCGGGGCAAGCCGCUGGGGGACAUCUACCUGCUUGCGCUCGAGACCGUCAACUCCACGCUGCCUCCGGGCGAGGCACCCAUCAAGCCGGAGGAGUGCCUGGUAUUCGAGGACAGUGUGCCCGGCGUCGAGGCCGGGAGGAGGGCCGGGAUGCGCGUGGUCUGGUGUCCGCACCCGGGGCUGAAGGAGCAAUACGCAGGGCGCGAUGCCGAGGUGCUGGCCGGCAGGACGGGCGAGGCCGGCGUGGGUGUCGAUGAGCACCAGCUUGGGGAGAUUGACGACGGCUGGGCUCAGUACCUCCCGGACCUGGUCGACUUCCCAUAUCAUACCUAUGGCAUCGUCGUCCCCCCGAAAGAUGUCGAGUCAGAUCCCAGGAUGAAGGAGACGGCCAACACGGAUGUAGUAGCGGUCCAGGAAGGCCCGAAGGUUUGA